UGCGCGAGAGUGUUACUCGAUUAGCUGCUCCACACUGAUCGAAACGACUCGAGAGAGGGUUCCUGUUUGGUCCUUUUUUUACGAAGUUUUAAGAUCGGCGACAACUUUAUGUAACAGUCGAACGGUGUUCACGCAGUAUCAAAGAGAUAUCAUCUUCCUUCUCGACAUGACUAACGAAAAUAAAGGGCCGCCGAGCGCCAUAACAUUCGGCUUCUCAAUAUUGACGCAUUUUCUACUCGUGGCUCCGAUGAUCUAUAUCUUGGUAAUUUCCUUUGGGAACUACAGUUGCUUCUCUUGGCAUGUGAUUUGUUCGACUGUUGGGGUCAUUCUAAUGACAGAGGCUGUCUUCUGCAUCUCCGGUGAAGCAUACAUCGUUUGGAAGCUACCCGGGAGUAACAGAGUGACAAUACACUGGAUUCUAAAUACAAUUGGCCUGAUCCUAAUCUUGAUCGGUCUUAUUCUCGCCAUUGUUAACAAAUUUGAUUAUAAUAGUCUCUAUUUUGCAACAUCUCACUCGCAGCUGGGCUUAGUAACGAUUAUAUUAGCCUUCCUAGUCGCUGCUUUCGGAAUCCUGGCGAACAACACCGUCUGGGUAUAUCCAUACGUAAGACCGGUGCUCAUCAAGGUUACUCACGAUUUCAGUGGCAUCAUCAUAAUCAUUCUUUUAUUGGCUUCCCUCAUCACCGGACUCUACACCUAUUGGUGGUAUAUCUCCGGUGGUACCACCACCGGAACAAGCUUGACGUUCGCGUCGCUGUGCGUCGGGGGCUUCUUCGUACUCUUUAAACCGAUACUCGGCACUAUUUCGAAGUGCAGAGUCCUAUUCGGACCACCUUCGAACGAUUCGUAAGGCCUAUCGACAAAGUCUGACAAAGAUCUGAGAAAGAAGAUUUAAUCAUGUCGAGAUACGAACGAAAGACGAAAAUUGCAGUCCAAAAGUAAAAGAUGCUUACUCAAUCGAUUGGUGAAAAAUUAAAUUCGGAAUUAUUAAACUGAUUAAAUUUUGCUUGAAGGAUUAACGGUUAUGAAGUUUAGUUCCGGCGAAUGACUUAAUUAUUCUCGACGCAGCUCUUGUAAAAUAUCCAACGGAAAAGC